CACUUGUAGGUCACGUAUACCCCGGGUCAGACAAGUUGGUUUUUCUGUCUCGUGCGGUUUUGAAGAUGGCCGCGCGUUCAACGCUGAUUGUCGCCGGUAGAAGAGAUGAUAGCUUGUCGAAGGAGAAGCUCGAAAAAUUGAUUUUCAACUGUUUGAUCACUGCCUACGGCGAGGAGGCGACCGGCGUGGAUGCUGAGUUUACCGAGUUCGCUUCGGGUUUUACGAAACCGAUCUAUAGUGAAGAGUUUGGCCUGAACACUGCAAAUGACGUGACUGGGCUGAACUUGGUUCGAAUCCAAUACAACCCCACGGCGACUCAAUUUCGUUCUUGUCUACGUGAUUGCUUGGCCCAUGCGCUCAACACCGGUCGCGUUUCCGAAACAGAGGCUUCCAUUGAUGGUCACGUCACGGUGGUCUACGCUGGUCAGGUUAUGUCCCACACUGGCGAGUGGCUUCUGGCCGAUUGUGCCUUGGAUGGGCAUCAGGUGCUUUCUUGGCUUGACAGCAAAGCAGCUCGGGCUUGGUGGCCGCAGUUGGAUAAAUUCCCCAGCAUGGGUGAUCGUCUUCACGUCCAUCUAUUCACCCCGUUGGCUGGACCCGGCACAACGUGGCCCCUAAAUAAGAACGGGCAUCCGCAAACCCUACUGACUCACGUUGACGUACGUCUGGUUGAUCUGGCGCUGAAUAUCGAGGGAAGCUGGCGUUCGAGUGGCAAACCAGUGGUACUUGAUCCGAAUCAUGGUGCCGCGUACGAAGGGAUUCGGAGUUUCGUUCAACUUGCAAUGGAUCAUCACCCGUCCACCGUUUUGUCCCUGAGUUCGGAUUCGAUUCCUCUGGGUUGUGCCUUAUCGGCACAACGACCCGCGCUCUACUUCUUCCCUGGUGGAGGAAUCACUUCUCAGGCGAGCGCUCUGUUCUCCAUCCAGGGGUUUACAAUGCUACUUGGAGGAGCGUUCACAUCGAAUAAGCCACCCAAUUGGUGGGCGAUGAUAAGGAAUUUGCCAAAGUUGGAUGCCGUUGUACUACCCGAUUGGUCUGCGUCAAACCUGUUAACCUAUCAGUUUUUACAUGACGUGCUUAAAAGUGGAACUCCUGAAAGCAAUGUUUUGGGUGCGAUUCUUCUCCCGCCACCUUACACUCCAUCCUCACCGGAUGAACCGACAAACGAAUUCAUUUUAUCUCAUCCUACUUCCGCUUCCGUUGCCCAGGAGUCCACUUGGGCAUCGAAUAAUCUGGCGACGGAAAACCUGCCUCCACCUCUUGUCCUCUACGCAAAGUUCGGUUGGGGAGAAUUGAAACUCCAACCGCUUGCGCAACGUGCUGGUUUGGUGCUUCUGUGGAGUUCACGACUGGAUCAGCCUGUCAACAACAGCAAUCCGCCACUGCGUAUCCUUCUGCCGACAACACAGUUGUCUGGUGCCAGUCCAGUCCAAGGCCUCGGUCGAUUGAUCAAGUCACUCGCAACUGUUCCACAACUGGAAGAUAAGUCGAUCAGCAUGAGAAGUUCUGCAAAACCUCUAAGCACCCGCACGACUGCAUUGAAAACCUCUCCGCAACAACCCAGAGUGCAAAGCACAACAAACAAACCACUGGGAAACCACACGCCAAGCAAGCCACUGCGUGAUGCUUCUCCUAGGAAGCCCGUUGCAGCUCCGUCGAAACGUCCUGUUAGCGCCAACACAGCACAGCCGAACAAAGCGGCGCCUCCGGCAACCAAAGCUCCAGCCAGACCACACACAGCCCAUACACAAGCGAAAGGUUUGAAUUCAGCAAAGCCAGCUUCUGCUAAAACGACGUCCUCUGUGCCUCCACCUAGACCGUCUUCCGUGAAAACAAAGAACGAAACAACAGCUGAAAAGCUCGCCGCUCAUGCAAACCUGUUGGCUAGUAAAAAAACUGCCUCAGCCACGCCAGCGGCUCCCAAGUCAAAACCGAUUGUUACUUCUGCUGCAACGCCCACCUCAAAGAUACCACCAUCGUUGACCUCCAAACCGAAGGCUCACUCACCUCUGCCGGAAGAACCUCCCCAAGAAGUCGCCCCCACGACAACUGUUUUGGACGACAAGUCACCCCAUGGAACUCCCACAAAUGCCGAGCAGCUACGUGACUCAUUGGAAUUGGCUGCUGUUGAUCCGCUCAUGUCAGGAUGGCGCUCCAUGGAACAGUCCGAGACACGUGUUGCUGUCGCAUCCGAAUCUGCUCAAGAACCGCAGCCAAUAAAAGACAGCUACAGCGCUGAGGUUGGAGCUCCAGAACCGGCUGAAUUGUACAAAGUACAUAAGUUUGAACACUUUGAUGAAGCCGAUGAGAUGGAGGAAGCUUCAAUACCGGAGGGGAAUCAAUACAGUGGAUUAGACUUUGAAGGUGGACAACAUACUUACGAAGACAGACCAGUAGAUGAGGAGAUUUUAGCACCUGUUGGUCACGAAAAGACGGAAGAUGAGGCAGCGCAUUUCACCCACAUGGAUGAAGAUCAAUACGCAGAACCGGAAAUGCAUGAUCGAUCUGUUUCAGAGGCAGACACAUCCAAGCAUUUUGAGACUGUUGAUCCUUCGGUUGCUAGCGUUUUGAAACUUAUUGAUCCAGCUGUUCAGGGUUCGUACCCGAAUGAACUAGAUACAUCGGAUUUAGGAGAGGAGAACCUCCCAGUACAAACCUCGGCACGCGCCGACACUCUUUUAUCCUCUUCAUCAGUUCCACAUUCAGUCACGAAUGAAUUGUUUUCUGAUGAACAAAUGCACAACGUGGCUCAUGAAGAGCCACCAGUCGAAGUGGAUGAGUCCGUGGAGAAAGUAGACGAAUCCAAAGUCGAAAGCUUUGUGCCGGGGUACUUUGAAAGAGCAGAGGACAGUCGACAAGUGGGACUUGAACCGCCUCGCGGGCUUUCUCCAAUUACGGGGACAGACAUGAACGUCAGGCCUGACAGUUUCGCGGAAAUGUUGGCUCCUGGAUACGGAGUUCCGGAUGAGCUCAAACAACACGAUAUGUCUGAUGAAGCAUAUGACUCAUCACCCAAUAAAACCAGUGUAGGUCAUUUCGAACAUGUGUCAGCCUCUCCAUCACCAAUCGGAGAGAACACACCUCAUUUGGGAUCACACUUGGAGCAUCCAGAAGAGAAACCUGGUUUUGGAUCACCACUGGAAGACUCAGCGAAUGCAGUACUAGAGCAACCAGAGACGGAAAUGGUUCAUGAGCCAACCGAAGUUCCAGAUGAAUCCCGUCUCUCGUAUUACGACCAGCAGAUUUCUCAGCCCAGCCCGGUACGACCAGAUAGUCUAGAUGGAAGUGACGCCGCAUCGGUACCUUUGGGCGCACCUCAUGAUUCGGAAUGGUAUCCUUCUGACUUAACGAGUGACGCAGUUCAUCACGAUUUUCCAACGUCCACACAUCUAGACAAAUCAGAACCGUUCACGUUUGCCGCCGUAGACCAUCCCUCGGAACAGCUUGAGUUGAGAACAGACAGUUUGGAAGAUAUUGCACCCAGUGACAAAGAAGACGCUCCUCAACAUUUGCCUGAAGUUGUUGGAUCGCCAACAACUACUUCAGAUGUCGAACCCGUUCAUGACCAUCGGUUAUUAACACAGGAAACAGAUGUGGAUGCUGAGUUAGAAUACGACCACAGGGGUCAACCAACUGAUUUUGCAAAUGUGUCGGAACCAGAUAUUGCGCAAAACCACCAGGCCGUAAUGGAUAUGAUCAAUGCAGUGGACUCAUCCGAGGACUACGCGGGUACCGUGGAGUCAGAUCACCCUUUCGCUGCGUCGACUGGGUAUUCGACCCUCGCGGAAAUGGUCGAUUCGGAUAAGUCACCAUCUUCGAGAGACAAUGUUUACCAUGAAGAUGCUAUUUUAGACGAACCAGAGACACAAAUAGCGCCCAAAUUCAACUUGGCUGUAGACGAGAAUACGAUAUUAGCUUCAUCCGCAGAUUUAGAAAUUACCGCAGACAGAUAUUCAGACCAACCCCUCGAGGAAUUCCGUGAUCAUACCUCAGUUAGAGAGGGUGACGAAUAUGAAAGUCUAACCGCAAUGGCUGAAUCGCCAUUCACCGGGGAGGAUAUUCCUCACGAACAUUAUGCAUCAGAAGUGCCAGAAGCGCAGCCCGAACACGAUUCCAAAUUGGCUGAAGCUGGUUAUGUGGUAUUGGCCACCCCCACUGAACAGGAAUUCCCUGUGAGCAGGUCUCCUGAACAAAAUGAGUACUCACUAACCCAGGAGCAUGUCGAGUACGAUGAAUCCAACUUUAUGGACAAAUUGGCGUCAACCGAGGAUGGUAUUCCGUUGCAUGAUGCUGUACCGGACGUACUGGGAACACAGCAGUGGGACCAACCCGAAGGUACUGAAAACGAACAAAUCUCCUCUGGUGCGUUUGAAAUCCAUUCAAGCAUAUCUCCUGAGCAAUACGUUGAAGAAGCAACUGACCACGUACCAACCAAGGAAGAUGCUGAGUUUGACGUUAUGCAUACAUCGUCUUUAGUUACACAAGACAUUCACGUACAAGACACCUCGGAGCCGCUAGAAUCCCACGAUGUUGAAGCUACCGAAGAAGAAAAAGGAAUUCCAUCAUCCUUCGAGGCCUUCGAAACGCAGUCAGAUAUGCAUCCCGAAAGACAAGUAGAAGAGCCGGUCAAACAUUCACCAAACGAAGAUGAUGUUGCUGACUACAUGCAUUCAGAAACGCCGGUAAAUGGAAGUUCCAGCCUUCUUGAAGGUACAACACCUUACAUGCCAGACACACAGUUGACACAAGGGCCUACAACAGAAAUGCCCUAUGACGCGUUUUCAUCUCCCGUUAGCACACAUCUCGAACAAAACGUAUCUGAUGAUGUGGCUACUUUUGCACCGCCGGAGAGAAUCGUGGAGUCCACUAAGGUUUUUGGAAGUCCCGGCUGGUCUGUACACGAGGAAGACGUUCCCCCCUUGACAUCUAGAGAUCAAGGCUCAGACAUAAGUGAUCUGGAUGACAACGACCGAGAGUUCUUGGCCUCUGGUAAAGGGGUUCCGAGGUCUGAACCCCAGUACUAUUCAGGUAAACAAUCACCUGGUGUUCCGGAGAGUUCGGAUGAAAGAUUUAACCAGGAGGCACCUGAAAGUAAUUCCAAAUGGAUUGCAGAUGAAGCCGACACAGCACCUGAAGAAUCAGCGGAAUAUUUACAUUCUGAAACGGUUGGAGAACGACGUCCUGAGCAGAUGAGUGACAUUCUGCCCGAAUCGCACCCUGAAUCUUCAAUGUAUGGUUCUGAUCAGCCGACAUACAUUGCUCCAGCCGAUACACUGGAUGAUGAACUCCUAGCAUCCCAACAUCCGGCCAGUUUCUCACAGUCUUUCCUAUCGGAUACCGAUGUUGUACAUUCUACGACAUCUCCUGUUGAACUUACAGCUUCUCACGAUCAGGUUUCAUUUGGUCAUACAGAUGAAGUGGAGUUUGAGCAUCACUUGCAACAGCCGGCUGACUCAACCACGAUUGAUGGCGGAGCGGCAAUCGAUUGUGCCACGGCCCUGAAGGAUUCAGAAUCUGUGCGCGAUUUCACUCCACUAACGCUGGAUGCAACCGGAGAUCACCUGGAUGACCAGCAUAACCUCGCGAGUCCGUUAUCGGAAGCUUCUGUCGACUCAGUAGUUCGAGGUGCUGCCGCUGUGAGCUCAACUCAGCCGGAAGAGACGUCCGACUCCGUUCCGGAGCACUCCGAUGCACGUUUAUCGACCGCUCAGUUCGCACCAGAUCACCAUCACCUUGAUACACACGAAAAUGGAACCAGCGAUGACCCGGAAGUAACGUCUUUUACACAACCCCAGAUGUCGGCGACAAACGGUGUGCAUACGAAUGGAAAUGCUUCUCACUUUGAUGAUGACUGGGUUGAAUAUGGUGAUCUUUCUCCCUCAUCGAAUUUCAAAGUGAUUUCCGGUCUUGCCGACGCUCAGGCACUUCGGAAAUCGAUGGAAUUUAACGAAUCGCACCCGGCUGAGGAUCCUCAACAUACUCUUCACUUGACAAGCCCGGUGUCGGAAUCCGGUAAUAGUGCAACUCUACCAGGCGAAUCGCCCGUGAGUGAACUCCCAGAGCAGUUUGAUCCUUUGCUUGCCUGGGGAAAGCCACAAGGAUUACCCGCACCUGUGGUUCCCGCUUCGACAACUAGAGGCGCGAUGACGAAGACAGCUGCCCCCGCUCGAUCCACUCCGUCCGGUCGGCUCGGAAUAGCUUCGAAGAGUCAGACACCAGCCUCGGCGAAAUCCACUCCGCGAACAAAGCAGACUGCAACUCCGCCCGUCCUGCCACCUGGUCCACCAGUUUUCCUCGAUUUGAUUUGGGUUCCAACCUAUCUUCCUCGCGUCCCACAUGAAAUGGCUGUGGAGUUCUUCAGUCGUGUCCGGGCGCGUACCUAUGUUCUUUCCGGUGAGGCACUGCAUCCGAUGAUUGGCGAAGCACUGUUGGAGGGCAAGUCCAAGUGGGGUCCGCAUGAUGCGAAUCGCCUCGCCUACCCAAUUCCCCUCUUCAGAUGUGGAACAUCUCUGUCGGACAUCCGCGUCAGAGAACACUGCCAAUACGAUUACUGUCUUGCCUACAGACGAACCGUAUGAAUGGACUUGUUGGCUUCGCACGCCAUGUGGACGUUUGGACCGCGAGACUGGUGAAUCCCGCCUGCAAGCAAGUGGAUUCCACGUGUUGCCCGCGGCCAGUCUGUGCGACAUUGAAUAUUCAGCUGGUAACGUGGCCUUCCGCUGCGAGGGUGUGCGUGUGGACUUCUAGUGGGCCUCUUCUGGGCCAUUGCUGAUAGUCCGUAAAACUCGUCAACUGCCAGCCUCGAUCAGUUGCAUCCUUUUGAAUGCGGAUUUCAAAGGCGAGCAGUUCCGCAAAGACGAGUUGCAGAUAUAUCAGUUACUUCAGUUUCCACACUAUUUCUCCAUUUCCUCGUAGUCGACUUCGGGAGGCCUGUCUCCCUUCUUUUCAUCCAGUGUCAUACUUGUACCAUCAGCGCCAAAAAGAAUGCCAUCUCUUCGUUGGUUCACCCGGAUGAACCUGCAUUUGCCACUGUUGUCGUCAUCAUCUUCGUUGUCUACGUUUUACCUCUCGUGUUUCUUCGCGCAACCAUCCAGUAUACCGUUCGCCACCGCUAGAUGACCGUUCAAUGCUUUGCUCCAUGUUUGUCGGUUCUCACCCACCGUCCACUCACAUCACCUUGUGCCUCACGACGAAUUCGUGCUCUACUGGCCUAGUCUGCAAUCUACGCAGCCAAUCACUCGCGAUGUUUUUUCCGCUCGUUGGUACUUGCUGUCAACUGACCUUCUGAUCGCUAGUUAAUGAACUGUUCUUGAUCCGGUUGGUACCUAUCCAUUUCGUUUUGUUUCGUUCCAUCCUAUAUCCGCAUACGUACAUUAAAAACACUAGGUUUCAUCCUGUCCGCAACGUUGGUUGACGACCGUGCUUUUUCAUUUUGAUUUGUUUUUAUUAUUUCUCCUCGACUGUUCGCGCCGUAGUUCAGAACCAUGCUGUUUGACUAGUCAUCGAUCGAUUUGGACGGCUGUGUCUUUGUGCUUGUUCUCUUCCGUCGUUGUUCACGUUUUUUCUUUCGUUUGUUUCCUGGUCAGCCUCAUUUGAUCAACCAAGGUCAUCUGUGUGACUGUGCGAAUGCCUUUCAAUUGUUUUGACAAUGGAAAUGGCUUUGAUAUUGAUACUACUGACUCCUGUGUUGAUGAACGGCGUUCUAACUCGUUUUCCCAUCCUAACAAGGUGCGCUUGCGUCCUAACCGAUAAUUUUGGAGAUGUGGUAGUACCCGUAUUUAACUAUUCAUAUAUUCUUAAACACUCAAACGUCUCGCCUGAACAAGGCGCAUCGGAGACUAAACGUAGCGCAAAUCAGAAGUCUGAAGGAUCCUAUUUU